CAGCUCUUCUUUCUUGAAUUGUAAGUGUCUCUAUUGAAUUUAAGGCGUUGGCAAGGAUAGUUACUAAAAACUACAGCCUGGCACACUAUACUGAUGUAAAUUCAAACCGAGGCUUUCUUUUCUUGCGUUUGCACUAACAAUCUGAAUCUCGAAAAGCGUGUCAUUGGGUUUUCUUUUGUAGUUUCAUUUAGCGAGAGUGCCAAAUUAAAAACACCAAAGUAAUGCUUCGUACAGCUGCGUUUUCUGCUAUCCGCCGGGCCGGCAAGCCCACCAUCAACAAGGGCGCUCUUUUCCAGGCUGCCCGCGGCAUGGCCUCGGCCACCAGCUCCGAGUCGGUGACGUUUGGCUUCUGCGACAAGACCUUCGAGGGGUACAACAUCGAAACACCCUCCCGGGAGAUCACGAUCAGCAAGGACGAGGCGAUUUCGCUGUACCGCGAGAUGCAGAUGGUGCGGCGGCUCGAGAUGGCGGCCGACUCGUCGUACAAGCACAAGCUGAUCCGUGGGUUCUGCCACCUGUGCACCGGCCAGGAGGCCGUGCCAGUGGGCAUGGAGGGCGCAAUCACCAAGGAGGACGCAAUCAUCACGGCGUACCGCUGCCACGGCUUCACGUACAUGCGUGGCGCGUCGCCGGUCAGCAUCCUGGCCGAGCUGAUGGGCCGCAAGGACGGCGUGUCGCAGGGUAAGGGCGGGUCGAUGCACAUGUACGCGCCCAACUUCUACGGCGGCAACGGCAUCGUCGGCGCGCAGGUGCCGCUGGGCGCCGGCAUCUCGUUCGCGCAGAAGUACAAGGGCGAGAAGACGUGCACGCUGGCGCUGUACGGCGACGGCGCGGCCAACCAGGGCCAGGUCUUCGAGGCGUACAACAUGGCCAAGCUGUGGGACCUGCCGACGAUCUUCGUCUGCGAGAACAACAAGUACGGCAUGGGCACGGCCGCCGGCCGCGCUGCCGCCAACACCGACUACUACACGCGCGGCCAGUACAUCCCUGGCAUCCGCGUCAACGGCAUGGACGUUCUGGCCGUGCGCCAGGCCGUCGCGUACGCGCGUGAGUUCACGACUAGCGGCAACGGCCCGAUGGUGGUCGAGAUGAAGACCUACCGCUACGGUGGCCACUCGAUGUCCGACCCCGGAACCACGUACCGCACGCGCGAGGAGAUCCAGCACAUGCGCUCGACGUCCGACCCCAUCACCGGCUACAAGCACCGGCUGCUGGACGCCGGCGUCGUCGCCGAGGAGGACCUCAAGGCCAUCGACAAGGAGGCCAAGCGGGUGAUCGACGAGGCGCUGGCCAUCGCCAAGGCUAUCCCCGAGCCCGACGCCGCGCAGCUGUGGGAGGACGUCUACGUGCGCGGCUCCGAGGUGCCCUACCUGCGCGGCCGCGUGGUCGAGGAGACGCACUACUACAACAAGCAGUGAAAAUGGCACCAAAGCCAUUGGCAAACAUAGUCCAAUACAUUAAUUGAAAUCAAAUCAAAUAAGAUC